ACACCGCAAACUGACUCUACAUUUGACCUAAUGGAACCUCUUAUCACAACGAUCCCGCUUCCAUCAUCACCAUGGUUUGCCAAGUUCCAGAAGCACAAAAGGAACAGCUUGCAACUGUCACUGAAUCUAUUCAAUUCAAAUCUAUUGGUUGACAGCCACCACUUUCCAGACAUUACAAAUUGUAAGGCGAAAUUCAAGAAGUUCUUCAAACCAUGGAUCAGGAACUACGACACAACUCAUCUUCUGACAAGCUUUACAAGAGACAGCUCAAGGACAGCAAAGCAGUUGAAGAAUUUAAUGAUACUCACAAAGACAAGUUCAAGGAAGUUGUUAAGGACAACCAUAAGAAGAGGUACAGAGCACGACCUAGUCGAAGGAACUGUAAUACCUGAGAAAAUUUCCACGUCUCCCCGCGGACCGUCUGGCAUUACCACGGUGCAUAGAGAUGGGACCGAAUAUAAUGUUGAUAUACAGAUGCGAGUAGUCGAAUAUGCUGACGAGCCGUUGC